AUCAACAACGUGCAUUCAUAUGCGUUGUGGAACAAUAUUUUUAACAACCCGUAGAAGCAGCACGUUGCAUUAUACAAUUUAUAACAACGUGCAUGUAUAGCGUGUUGUCAAAAUAUAGAGUAGAGCUAUUUUCACAACGCAGCCUUGCGUGUUGUAGUAGUUUUAAGUUCUACAACGCACGACGCAUGUUGUCAAAAUUAUAUUAAUUUUUUAAAUAAAAAAAUUGGUCGAAAAGGGAGCGAAAAUUUUUGCGGGAAAAGUCCCCCUUUCUCAAAACCUAAAACAUGUUCUUUUAUAUGGGUUUGGCCUAAAAAGUUUUCACAAGUUCCAACAAGUCUCUCUCAUCCAUUCACCUUCCCCUUCCUCUUCUAUUCUCUUGUUUUUUUUAACGAACCCCUUCCUCUAUUCUCUACAGCGCACUAGUUAUCACUCUAAAGCUUAAAGAAAUCCAAAGCUUGCCUCUAAUUGAAUGGCCAUGUCUUUCUCUACAGCACAGUUAUCACUCUAAAGCUUAAAGAAAUCAGUCUGACUCUAAUUGAAUGGCCAGACAAGGCCAGGGCCACUAAGAGAUUGUUUGAAAUUGAAUGGACUAAGAAGUGGGCACCAACUAUAAACUCCAAUACUACUACUCUUGCAAAGGUUGGUUGCUGUCAAAGUCUUUUGAAAAGUAUAUCACAAGAUGUCUGGUUGUAAGUCUUCUGAGAUUAUUGCAAAGAGAACAGCAAAGCAACUCAAGGCAGCAUUGGCUAUUGCAACUCAACGUCGAAAUUUAGGAAUUCGUAUAUGUGAUGAAAGGAUGAAUAACAAAGAGAAACAACCAAGAGGUACACAGCAAGACAAUUCGCAGCAGGAAACUACCAUUAGAGGACAUCGUGAAAAUGAGGUUAGAACAUCUAAUGUGAGGUCCAAUUCUUCAUCUACUCAUCCAGCUACUGAUGUAGAAGAGCAGCCAGCACAAGCUCAAAAUGUUACACAAACCAAAGAACAAAAAAAGAAGCGAGGUCCUACUAGAAUGGCAGUUAUUCCCCAAGGCAAAAAAUCACGGUUAGAAGUUAGUUUCAAUCUCGGUGGACAACUAUGUGGUCCAAAUUCAGAGUCUUUUGCCUCAUUUCUUGGGGUCUUAACGCGAGCGCAUGUGCCUAUUGUUAUGUCAAAUUGGAAGGACCUUAAAGAAAAAAACAAGGAUGAGCUUUGGUCAUUACUUCAGCAAAACUACAUAGUGGGAGAUGAGCAUAAAAAUUUUAUUUUUAGGAUGAUGGGGAAAUAUUGGAGACAAUUUAAAUCAAAAAUAACAACAGCAAUUCGUGAAGCAAGUAAAAGAAAGCAUAAGGCACGUGCCAUUUCCCUUGUGAAGCCAGACAAUGUAAAGUCAAAGGAAGAUUGGGACAAAUUUGUCAAAGAAAGACUUGGAGCGGAAUUUCAAAAACUAAGUGAAAAGUUUAAAGCAAUGAGAAAGAAGCAAAAGUACACACAUACAAUGAGUCGAAAAGGCUAUGCCCGUAUGGAGUAUGACAUGAAAUUAAAUCAUCCAAAUCCUGAAGAAAUAAAUAGAGUGACAUUGUGGACAAAAGCGCAUGAGAGAAAGGAUGGUACACCAAUUAACGAAGUUGUUAGCAACAUAUUGAAAGAUAUAAAGACGUGCAAUGAGUCGAAAGAGAAUCCACCAGCGAGAAAUUCUAUACGAGAUGAUGCUAUAGCAAGAGUUUUGGGACCUGAAACUCGUGGCCGAGUUCGAGGGCUUGGGUUUGGUGCAACACCCUCUAGAGUAGAUGCAGUAAUUCAAGGCAGUGAACGAGUUAAAGAACUUGAAUCCGUAGUGAAAUCUCAAUCUCAAAGGAUGCAGCUAAUUGAAGCCAAACUUGAAGCAUUUAUUAAAAUGUCUCAAGAGCCUCAAAAUAAGAAUGUAGAGGAUAUGAUAAGUGCACAUGCAUGUACUCCUCAAUCACAACAAGGAAGCCGUCAUGUACAAGAUAAAAGUUACAAUGUGAAUGCAAGAUGUGGUCAAAGUAGCAAUCUUGAAUAUGGAAGAUGUCAACUUUUACACUGGUACAAUUUUGAAUUGGAGCAAGUUGUAGCUGAGGGACAUAUUGCCUCAACAGACCCAACUGUUAAAGUUCAUCAUAUGCCUAUUGGACGUGAUUGUUGGAAGGUUUGGGUUGAUGAAGUGCUUGAUGAAGAACUUAACUUGUAUAGACCCACAGAUGAAGCGCGAAGACUUGGUGAAGCUUUAGGCAGUACUGUUGCAUGGCCAAAAAGCUGUAUAAAAUUGCUUAACUAAGGUGCUUAGACCAUGUUUGACAAGGCUUUCAAAUUGUGAUACUCAACAGUUUGACAAGGAUUUUGAGGUGCAACUAACCAAGUUUCUAAAGCAUGUUUCAGCAUGAUCUUUAAGUGCAAUCAAUCAUGUUUUUAGAUCAUUCUGACAAGGAUUUUGAAUUGUAAUUAUAGGCAUAGAACAAUCAUUUUGCACAAUUAGAAUUGGGAUGAAUAUAUCUUUCUAAUAUGUAUGGAACUCCUUAUUUAUCUUUUGAAUGAAAGCUGUGUAUUAUAGGCUGUCU